CUAGCAUUAGGUUUCAAGAAAGUGUUGAAGUGAAAGAUGCUUUGUUCUACGAUAACAAGGCAUAUCUGCCCCGAUUUUAUUUUUAAUACGAAUGUUCUGUAGCAGAUUAGUGCUUCGGGCGCGCGAGCUGUUGUUAAAGCGAUUCGUUUGAAAACCGGUCAUCACACUUCAAUACUAAACAUGGUCGAGCCCGCUAAAGAGCGGUUUGGUGGAACAGCGCUGGCAACAGGCAUCAGUAUUAUAGCCAUCUUGAUUUCUCUACUUUGCCUUGUCCAUGUCUUCUUCCUCGCCUCGCAUCAGCCACAGUGCAAUUGUCCGCAAAAUGGAGUGCUCGACAACUCAAGCGAUAAAACAGCGCAAGAGGUAAAGAAGACAUUCACUGCUAAAGAGAAAACCUCUACAAAAACACGAUCAGAUGCGGCUAAAACUUUUGAGCAAGUGACGGAGGGAAGAAAAGUGAGAUUGCGUCGGCAGAAUCAAAAUAAUGGACAGGUCAAUGGCAACACGGCUUUUGGUGGUUACCUGCAUAAUGCUAUUUUGCGAUUGCAACAGCAAAUGAUUGCCGUGGAGGGAAGGUAAAUUUUAUGAUUUGCGUUUUCUGUUUAAUCAUCCGUGGGAUAUCUUGUUACACAAGCAUUUAAGGACCGGUAAUUAUUUCUCGCUCGCGGGGGAGAGGGGGAGUCAAAUAAUUUUGAUUGUGACACGAUAAACUUUACCUGAUCCCCCCCAUAGGGCUUUCUUAUAUUCUUCCUUAUAGUCCCCCUCAUUGACAGUUAAUUGGAAGUCAGUUUUCUAUAGCCCCCUUUAACACUCUAUUGUUGACGUCUUAUCCCCCCCCCCGUUCCCCCUGAAAACCAUGUGAUGUUCCUAAAAAUCCUCCACCCCCGUCCCCGGCGAUAAAUAGAUAAAUAGAGACUGGUUCCAAAUUAGAAACUGAAUAAAUAGAGACUGGUACCUAGAUAGACACAGGACAAAUAGAGACUGGUACCUAAAUAGACCCCGGAUAAAUAGAGACUGGUUCCUACCUUUUUUUCUUUUUGAGUAGGUGCCUCUCGAUGGGCUUGUUAAUAAGAACUCCCCCAUAUGUGGAUAUCAUAAUGAAGCACAUUUGAACAGCGCUGAGUGGAAAUCAGUGAUCUGGAACUACUUUGCAAAUCCAGCUUGCAUUCAUUUAUCUUAAGUUAACUCGAACUCCUUUUAUCACAAUCUGCGCUUUGCUCUCCUUGACAGUUUGAUUUGUCGGGGGUUAAGUUUAUAAGUUUAUUGGAUACAACGUAAUACCAAUAUGAACCUAAUUGAAGAAAGGGGGUUAAGUACUGUGGUGCUACGUCGGUCGGUGAGGGGAGGGGAGGGUGGGGGAAAUUUGUUGUAUCAACUCAGUUGAGAACUUGAAUAGGCCACCGUGAGAAGUUACUAGGACUAGAGAUCGACUUCUCGAACGUUAGCUCAGUGGAAGAUCUCAUUCACUCUAAUGCUCGUAGCAACAACUUAAGAAAUUCUUUAUGGUGGCCAAUUUGCAUUUUCAACUGAAUUGAUAAAAUCAACUAGAUGAACCUGAUUGCACUCUGGCUCUAUGUGAUUGCUGGCCCGCUAACAUUUGCAAACAGUAUCUCUACAACUAAUUUUUCUUGCGCCUAAAAAUUGCGUAAUUGGCCACAUUUAUUAAUCCUUACCAACCACAUGAUUUUUAUCGAGGGCUCAGCAUUUAAAAUCUUCUGCAAAAAUCACAUUGCGUUGCAUUGCAUUGCAUUGCAUUGCAUUUCUUGCAGAGCUCAAUACUUACAGGACCAGUACUCGAAGACCGUAAAUCGGGCAACACCCCGUGGGCCUCCGGGUGCGCCUGGAGUACCCGGCAGAGACGGAAGUGACGGAAGGUCAGGAAUGGACGGUCCAACGGGGCUCCCUGGCAGAGAUGGACCCCCAGGAAAAGAUGGUUAUCCCGGUUCAGCAGGGGCUGCGGGGCCUCCGGGUGUAAAUGGUCUUCCAGGGCAUCGUGGAGAGAGAGGUUUAAAAGGAGAGAGGGGUGAUCUUGGUCUGAAAGGUGAAAAGAAAAACAAAAUGCCAAAAUAGUAAGAAAUAUUGCGUCCCCUUAGCACAGGAUUACGUCUUUUGCUUGCUCUCAUGCAAAAAAAUUGUUUACGUGCCCUCUUAAAUUUGUGUGGAGAAUUAUUUGACAAUUUUAACGGAGCGUGAGGUGAGGGCGAGAAUCUUGAGGCGGUGCGCUCAACUGAGGAAAGACAUGUGUUUCGUGAGGAAGCAGAAAGAGAGAGCCUCCACCCCUCGUAUCUCUGCCUUAAUCAACCCCUUCACUCCCAAGACCUCACAAGUAAUUCUCCUUACUGUCUCCCAUACAAUUCAUAUCAUAUAACUUGAGAGAAUUUGGUUUUGGAUCAACUGAUAAUCCCCUAAUUGAUAUUUAUCUUCUCAUCCCUGCUUGAUAUUAAGAGAUAUUUUAAUCACAUUGUUUUGCUUGUUUUCUUGUAACAAUAGGUGAUAGAGGUUUACCUGGAAUGAAGGGAGGAAGAGGAGUUCCCGGUAUACCGGGAGAGGACGGCGAACCAGGACUUCCCGGUACGGUGGGGAGCAAAGGUAAUAAAGGUGAACGUGGGAAGACGACUUGUUAUGUCACGGAGCGGGGUCGGAGGGUGGAGAAAUCGUGCUUCGAGGCUGCUUCUUAUGAAGAAAUUGGCCGGGAUCAAAGUAAGGAUGCUGGAGGGGCACUUACCUACGUUCGAUGGGGAAGGACCACGUGCCCAGUGGGAGGUGCAACGAUAGUGUACUCAGGUAAGGAGGUACAUUCUUCCUUUGGAAAAGAGUAGACGAGGGAACAAAUUAAGGGUACAAAUUUAGGUACAAAUUAAGCCGCCUAUCCCUUGGGAUAAUUACUCAAAUCCUUGGGAUAGAGGAAAAAGUUUUCUAUCGAGGGCUCGUUCUCCUGGGAUGUACAGGUUAGGCUUUUAAUUAUAUUAAUCAGUAACUUUUUUUCUAAUAUCGGAAGUUAGCUCAGGGAGGAGGGGGGCAGCUUAUUCUCCUACACCCCCUUCAGCCACGCCCUUGAGUUAACUAUGAAAGCGUUCCUUUAUCUUGACUUUCUUGAGCCAAAAAGUCACGUUGGGGAUUUUCCUCUUUGUCUCUCAGGACAAGCUGCAGGCACACGUCAUGACAAAGCUCGUACAGGGGGGUCCCCUUACAUCUGCGUACCCAAUCAGCCGUGGUACUUUGGUCAAGUGGAUCCCAGUACUCCACUCGGCAACGUUUCCCAGGUAAACCGCGAUGCGCUGAAGCAGGACGAGACACGCAGCAUCUUACACGGCACUUACUUCUACUUGUCAUGUGUGUUGUGCCUGGUCAGGACCCGAAGCGUGCAGAUCAUGCUGCCGGCUCGAAAGGAAUGCUAUCGAGGCUGGCAUCGGGAGUAUGAUGGUUACCUGGUGGUGCAGUCGAACCGGAAGGACCACAAAGACGUCAUCUGCUUGGACCGGGAAUCCAGGAAUCUACUGAAAGAUGCCACAUACGUCCGAGGGCUUUUUGCGAGUUGUGAGACGUUCUCCUGCCCGCCAUAUGUAGAAACAGAGAGACUCCCUUGUGUUGUUUGCACGAUUUAGAUAUAAUGCUAACUGUCUUGGACAGAUAAAGCCCGUUCGUUUAACUCUAAAGUGUAGGCUAAGCUGGUUUUGAUUAAUUUUAAGCUUCACUUUCAUCGCUGCUAAAUUAGUGUCAGAUUGAAUUUUCCAUCCCACCGUGAAGAUCAUUAGUUCUUCGUAGCGCUUUUCGAGUAUUGCGCGUUAUAACCAAAACCCAAGUUAUUUGAACGUCCAGUCAAAGCAAAGCACAAUAUACCCAAUAAGCAGGUGAAGUAAAAUCAUAAUAGUCAUCCUAAAGCACUGGACACAAGUGACUCAGUCAAGAUUGGUUUCAGUCUAGCUUCUGAUCGGUUGAGAGAGUAACGUGUAGUUUCUGAACAAAUAGUAUGUUAACCCUUUAAACCCUAAAAUGAUCAGCUUCUAAUUUCUCCUUGCAAUAAUACUUCUGAAUCCUUCGUUAAGAUCACGAGAAAACAAGAAAAUGAUCGCGAACUAAAGAGGUUUUGAUUGUCAAACAAAUUCUCCUUGUCAGUACCAAAGGAAAUGAACACAGAAGAGUAUAGAGAAUCUGGAUACUGAUGUUAGGAAGUAAAGGGUUAAGAUGAAACCGAUACAAUCCAGAGUAGUUUUGUAUUCCGGUUAAAAUUUACUUCACAGACUUCACCCCAUUAGCUCCUCUCUGCCAGUGCGUUAUUAUUAUUAAUUUUUUAUAUGUGUAAACUCUAAGCUCGGGUAGUAGAAUUUGUUUCACUACGGAAAAAGUGCAUUAAACGAUAAUCAAAAGGUAA